AUGAUCGCCCCCGCCCACGAGUUCGAUGUCCCCUCCUGCGAUUGGAACGAGUACGACGAGUUUGCGUGUUCAGGGCCGCCGUGGACAAGACAAUCAAGGUCUGGGACGCGAGGAGCUACAGGGUCCCCGGCACCUGUUCUGAAUGGGCACGGGUACGCGGUGAGGGAGGUGAUAUUCUCGCUGCACAGGCUCUACCGUUUGGUGGAAGACGCGGUCUUGGGGUCGCAGGAUCACCACUCGGACUUCGCCUUGCUUGUGGAGGGGUUGCUCGCCACUACCGGCUGGGACGAACCCGUCUAUGUUUGGCAGCACGGAGCCGACCCAAAAGCGGUCUAG